AUGGCUGCCCAUGGAGCACAACCACAUGUGAGAACGCCGCAAGUAACGGCCAUCUGGAAUGCCUCAAUUAUUCACAUAAAAAUGGCUGUCCCUGGGAUGAAGACACAUGCAGAUUUGCUGCUGGAAAUGGCCAUUUGGAAUGCCUCAAAUAUGCCCAUGAAAAUGGCUGUCCAUGGGAUGAAGACACAUGCCGAUUUGCUGCUGAAAAUGGCCAUUUGGAAUGCCUCAAAUAUGCCCAUGAAAAUGGCUGUCCAUGGGAUGAAGAAACAUGCAGAUUUGCUGCUCGCAAUGGCCAUUUGGAGUGCCUCAAAUAUGCCCAUGAAAAUGGCUGUCCAUGGGAUGAAGACACAUGCAUAUUUGCUGCUGAAAAUGGCCAUUUGGAAUGCCUCAAAUAUGCCCAUGAAAAUGGCUGUCCAUGGGGCAUAUCCACCUGCUAUAAUGCUGCAACAUUUGGCCAUUUGGAAUGCCUCAAAUAUGUCCAUGAAAAUGGGUGUCCAGUGCUUGAGGACAUUUGCUGGGUUGCUGCUUGCAAUGGCCAUUUAG